CGAUCAACAAGCAAGCAAGCGAGGAGCAACCAAGCCAAAGGAACGUAUCCCUUGCCAAUCAACACACCACACCGCCAAAAUGCCUGCCGGAAAAGCCAAGGUUGAGAGCAAGUCGAGCCAGAAGGCCAUCUCCCGCUCCACACGUGCCGGACUUCAGUUUCCUGUUGGUCGUCUGCACCGCCACCUCAAGGAGCGCGUUGCACACCGGGGCCGCGUCAGCUCCACCGCCGCCGUGUACACAGCCGCCAUCCUCGAGUACCUCACCGCUGAGGUGCUUGAGCUUGCGGGCAACGCGUGCAAGGAUCUCAAGGCCAAGCGCGUGAACCCGCGCCAUCUGCAGCUCGCCAUCCGCGGUGACGAGGAGCUGGACGGCCUCAUCAAGGCCACCAUCUCCGGCGGUGGUGUCAUCCCCCACAUCCACAAGAGCCUGCUCAACAAGAAGAAGGCGGCCAAGCAGGGCAACAUGUAAACCGGGACCCCACCUCACGUCUCACUCCUCAUGUCUAUCGUGCAGCCGCGAAUGGCACCGACUGACCAUCGUCGUGCUUUCUUCGUCGCGUGUCGCAGCACGAUGUUCUGAUGUGAUCGCGUUUCAGUUGACCCGCGCCCUCAUGCGCCACAAUACAUUUUAGUGACACCACCACGAUGACCACCGCAAGUUUCCUUUUCCAGCGUUGUUUCGCUGUCCCCUCCCUCCCUCCCCCCCCCCCCUCUCUCUC